AUGCCAGUCAUUCAGACAGAUUGUCGAGGAUGCGGCUGUGGGCAAUCAGGGUGUUAUAGCUGCGAAGAUCCCCUCGCCGACCCCUUUUUCCAACAGCCAGAGUCAGAAUCAGAGCUGGAGGUAAAGGCCGAGUCGGUGUCAGAGUCGGAGCAGGGCGACGACGCACCAUACACUGAAGGACCAAAGCUGAGCUCCUCGCUUGCUCCGCUGCGUAAACGGCGUCGUCUUGCGGACGAUGGUGACGUUGACGAGCGUGAUGGUGACGUUGCGCCGCCUGUGAAGAGACCCGACACGGACGAAGUCAGUUUCAAAGAAAUGGUCAACGCCCUCGGCGAACAGACAGUGCGCAGCACAUUGAUUCGCCUGGCUUCCAUGGCGCCGUCUGCCCAGGUUUCCAUUCGCCAUGCGUAUGCUCAGCAGCUCAGAGAGGAGCGGAUGCCACAACAUCCCUUGUUCUAUGACUCCAUCAGUAAGGAACUGUGGCACAUGCUGUAUACGUCGCCUGCUUCCGAUAUCUAUCGUAGGACCAGCUCCGUCCACGAACGGCAUUCCCUCGCCACGCAAACGGCAGUCAAGAUUGGCCAACGCGUGCGAGACAUGUUUUUCGGCAUCCAUGAAAAUUCGCCGUUUGCCACCAGGCUGAUCGUUCUAGAGACAUUUCGAAAGAUUCUCAAAUCCAUCUUGCUGGGCGGUAAUUGCCAAGAACUGGCGGGAGCCGUACGGCAUCUGUUCGAGCCAGAGCCGAGCAGUGUGCGUGGUGGGGAUGUUCCCGAUUACCUGCGCAUGCCUGGCGACUACUUCUUCUGCGUCUAUACAAUGAGCGUCGAGGAUAGGAUCAGGGCCGGUAAAACAGUAGACAGGGACAGUACUUUGGCGGACAAGUUCAAGUGGUGCCGGGAUGAGGCACGGAGGCUUGGCCUCAAGUCGUUUAAGCCGCUGGACCAUCUCUUGAGGGAAUGGGGAGUGCCGCCUGAUGGUCAGAGCUGGGACUGA